CGAGGCUACGGUCAAUCAACAAUAUGUCAAAAAAAUUUUAAUCAAAGAUAAGUUUAUUAUGAAGUCUGAUUUAAAGAUUUUCAAGAGGCAAUAUCUACUUAUUUUUAUUUUUAUAAAAUAUCUUGUUACGAAAUGUUCAGCAAAAAAAUUAAACGGUAGUAAAGUGUUCAUGCUUGUUUUAGAUGGUGUAGUUUAUGAUUUUGAAAAAUACACUCUUAAUACGCCUAACAUUGCAUCAAUCGCCAAAAAUGGUGUUAAAGCUGAACGUAUGAUUCCAUCAUUUCCGUCAGAUACAUGGCCUUCUAUGACAACUUUAUCUACAGGUCUUUACACAGAGUCACACGGAAUUAUUAGUAAUUAUUUUCUUGACAUCCAAACUAAUAAAAUAUUUAAAUACACAGAUAAACCAAGUGAUUAUGAAAACAAUGGUAAAUUUUUUACAAAAGAACCUAUUUGGCUUACAAACCAGAAGCAAGGAGGUGCCAGUGCUGUUUAUUAUUUUCCUGGUUAUAAUGGAUUCAAAGAAAAGCCUAGAUACCAUAAUUCACCAAAUAUUUCUAGUAAUGACAAUAUAGAAACAUUCCAAAACACUGUUGAUUUAAUUAUGCAGUACAUUCAAAAUGAUAAAAAUUUAAAUUUUAUUUUAAUUUGGAUAGACAAACCUGAUCUGACUGGGCAUGAAUUCGGAAAAAAUUCCUUACAAUAUAAAGAUGCACUUGAAAGUGUGGACAGAGAUGUUGUAGGCUAUGUAUUAGAAAAGUUGAAUUCUUAUCCUGAAAUUAACCUAAUUUUGACUUCUGAUCAUGGUUUUAUUGAUAUUGAUUAUAAAAGUAAACUUCAAGUCAAGUUUUUGGAUGAUUAUUUACAAUCAGGUUCAUAUCAAUCAAAUUGGGCUGGUGGAUCUUGUUUUUUAAGGCCUAAAAAUGGAUUUACAAUUGAUGAUUUAGUGAAUAAUCUAACUUCUUUAAGUCAAAAUAACUUUAGGAUAUACAGGAGAGAUAAAGCUUUUCAAGAUAUACCCAAAUAUCUUCAUUAUAGAGAUAACAUAAACAUUCCACCAAUUUUAAUACUAGCUGACAGAGAAUGGGUUCUUGAAGAAAGAGUUAAUCCACCUGGUUGUUGUAGUGGAAGACAUGGCUAUGACAUUGCCUACGUAGAGAUGAGUACUAUAUUUUAUGCACGUGGUCCUGCUUUUAGAAAGGGAGUCACUUUAAAUGCAUUUGAAAGCGUCAAUGUUGUCCCCUUAAUAGCUCAUUUACUUGGAAUUGUACCUCAACCUAAUAAUGGUUCUCUUUUAGUAUUUAAUAAUGUUCUUGAGAUUAAUGAAAGUGUAAAUCUUGCGCAAUUAUUUAUUCUUACUUGCUUAUUUAUUGUGACAGUUUACUAUUUUAAGAAUAUUUUUUUGUGAUUUAGAAACGGCAAUAUAUUUUAAUAUUUAUAAUGUAAAAAGAUUUUUUAAUGUUUAGAAACGGCAAUAUAUUUUAAUAUUUAUAAUGU